AUGGCGGCGGGCGGGGACGGCGUGGCUCGGCAGGCGGAGCUCCGCCGGAUCGAGGGCAACGUCUGCUUCAAGAAGGCCCGCCUCGGCGGCGCCAUCGACUGCUACACCGAGGCAAGAAACCUCCCAGCAAUUGCGCUCUGCCCCGACGUGGCCAUCUACUGGAUGAAUCGGGCCUGUGCCAUUUCAAGCUCAAGGGCACUAUCUGCUGGGGUGUGCACUGCUCGAGAAGAGUCUGCUCUUGCUAUCAAGGAAUUCGAAAAGGCUCUGAUUCUCUUGAAGUCCGCGAAUUCAACGGAUGAAAUGGCCGAGGAAAUUUGGCAGGUCCUUGCAAAGGCAAAAUACUUAGAUUGGGAGAAGCAUUCCACUGAACGACUAUGGAGGAUGCAAAGUCUGAAGGAAGCUUGUGAAAGUGCUCUGCAGGAGCAUCACUUUCUUACUGGUACACUUGAGGAAGACUCCAAUGGGUCAAGCAAUGAGUAUUCAGAGCAAUUCAAACUGCUAUCGGAGGUCUUCAGCCAAGCGACAAUUGCCGAUACACCAGCGGAUGUGCCCGAUUACCUUUGCUGCCAGAUAACUUUCGAGAUUUUUCGAGAUCCAGUGAUCACACCCAGUGGUGUAACAUAUGAGAGGGCUACACUUGUUGAACAUCUCCACAAGGUUGGCAAUUUCGACCCGGUGACACGAGAGCCUUUGAAAUAG